AUGGAGAGUCGGAAGGUGGUGCGGCGAAUGGGUAUGGCGGUGGCGGUGUGGAUGGGGCUUGCGGGCGUGCUGGCGGGGCUGGUGGCGUGGAGGGUGCAGAAGGGCUUCGACGACAAUCGCAAGGCGGAGCUCGACACCUGGUGCGCCGGUCGCGCGCGCUCGCUGCAGCAGCAGUUCAUGCUCACCGCCGACCACGUGCAGGUGCUGGCGGGGCUGGCGACGGUGUUCGGCGGCGUGCGGACCAACCCCUGGGCGGUGGGCAGCUGCCUCACGCAGCGCCGCUUCGUGCAUCUUGUGGAGCGCACCGUGGCGGCACAGCCGUGGGUGCACGCCGUGGGGUACAUGGCCAUCAUCAACGGCUCCGACAGGUCAGCUUUGAGACGUCUCAAAAAGUGUCUCAUCUCAGGCGGCGCAGCCCUGGGUGCACGCCGUGGGAUAAAGGGCCGUCAUCAACGGCUCCGACAGGUCGCCUCAUACUCCCCCCUCCCCGUCCUCCCCCCCUUCCCCUUCCUCCCCCCCUUCCCCUUCCUCCCCCCCUUCCCCGUCCUCCCCCCCUUCCCCUUCCUCCCCCCCCCCCUUCCCCUUCCUCCCCCCUUCCCCUUCCUCUCCCCCUUCCCCUUCCUCCCCUUCUUCCCCCUUCCGCUUCCCCUACCUCAUUUUCUUCCUCCAACCCAUUCCUCCAUAUCUCCCCACCCUGGCCCCUUCCUCCCCUCCCUCGCCCUUUUCCCCCUCCCUCGCCCCUUUCUCCUCCCUCUCGCCCCUUUCUCCCCUCCCUCGCCCAUUCAUCCCCUCCCUCGCUCCCCUUCCUCCCGUCCUCUCGCCCCCGCCAUCCAUUCUCUGUCUCACAUUCACGACAGACCCAUGGUCUUGUCCCCAUUUUCUCUCUCGUUCUCCCUCUCCCCCCCACUCCUCUCCCCUCCCCCCCACUGCAGGGCGGCCUUUGAGCAGGCGGCGCAGUGCAAGCUGUUGGACAUUGUUGGCAAGCCGGCCCCGGAGGCGGAUUGGUACAUGAACUCGCGCGUGUGGUUCCAGGAGAACCCACCGAUACCGCUGCUCAAGAUGACCUCCACGUGUGUGAACGUGCGCACGCACCCCUCGUACGGCCCGCAGCUCUCCCGCAUGCACCAGCUGCCCGCCAACCAGCUCAACAUGCCCUACGUACUGGACAAUGGCGAGGCUGGCAUGGGCAUGGGGUUUCCAAUCUUCAGGGACGGCGUGACGGCAGCCUCACCGCUGGAGGAGAGGCGGACGGCAUUGAUCGGCCUGAUAGCGGCGUCCAUCGACUUCAAGAGCCUCGCCGCCUUCAUUAUCAGCGAAGUGCUCCGCCAAGGCGCGGACUAUUCUCUGGAGGUGUAUGACGUCACCCCCACCGAUAUCCUCCCCAACUCCUCCACCCCGCUGGGCCCGCGCCUGCUGUACGGGGUGGGCGACUUGCCUGAAGGCGACCCCAUGCAAGUGGCCAAGCUCAUUCCCCCGUCUAAUGAAACCAUGCUGCAGCCGCACCGACACAAGUCAGUGCAGCAGAUCAACCUCACAGACUCAUCAAGAUCAUACCAGCUCUGGUGUCGCUUCAGCGGGGCCGACGAGGUCGUCAGCUGGACGACCGUGCUGCUGGCGGUGGUGAUCAUGGUGGUGGCGGCACUGCUGGCGGGCGUGGGGGUGAGCGUGGCGUGCAACACACGCGGCGUGCGGGAGAAGGUGGCGGCGCUGGCGGUGCUCAAGGAGAGAACGCAGGCGGCGGAGCGCAACAAGAGUGCCUUCAUCGCCAACACCGCGCAUGAGCUGCGCACCCCCAUCAUCGGCCUUAAGGGUGCGUGCGUGGGGAAUGGGGCGAGAAGGGUGCGAUGGGGCGAAAUGAAGCAACAACGAAGAGCACUUCCUCAUCCAUUUUCAACCAUGCACGGAGUAGGUGCUGCUGUGCAUGGAGUAGGUGCUGCUGUGCACGGAGUAGGUGCUGCUGUGCAUGGAGUAGGUGCUGCUGUGCACGGAGUAGGUGCUGCUGUGCAUGGAGUAGGUGCUGCUGUGCACGGAGUAGGUGCUGCUGUGCAUGGAGUAGGUGCUGCUGUGCAUGGAGUAGGUGCUGCUGUGCACGGAGUAGGUGCUGCUGUGCAUGGAGUAGGUGCUGCUGUGCAUGGAGUAGGUGCUGCUGUGCACGGAGUAGGUGCUGCUGUGCACGGAGUCUCAUUGUCAUGGUCACGCACUGUGAACGAUCGUCAUAUUGGCUGCUCAUGCAGGGGGGUGCAUGUUGGAGGAGCUGGCGGAGGGGCACCCCUCUUACUGAUUCUCUGUGCCACCUCCCCUUCUCCCCUCUCCCCACAGGCAUGUUGGAGGAGCUGGCGGAGGGGCACCGCUCUUACUGAUUCUCUGUGCGCCCUCCCCUUCUCCCCUGGGCGCGCAGGCAUGUUGGAGGAGCUGGCGGAGGGGGAGGUGGACGGGGGGCAGAGGGAGGACGUGGGGACGGCGGUGGGCGAGGUGGAGCGCAUCGUGGCGCUCAUCAACGUUGUGCUCGACGUCUCCAAGGCCGAGGCCGGCCGCCUCCACCUCGAAACCCUGCCCUUCCACACGCGCUCCUGGCUCAGGGAUGCUCUGCACUCCCAUGCCUGCGCCGCCCACGCGCGCAACCUCACCUUCGCGUGCCGUGUGGAUACGAGUGUGCCCGAGGUGCUGGAGGGGGACUACAUGCGCCUGCAGCAAGUGGUGGACAGCAUUGUGGCAUUGUGGGUGAGUCAAGUGGUGGACAGCAUUGUGGGUGAGUCAAGUGGUGGACAGCAUUGUGGGUGA